GGAAAUCAAAAUAGCAUUGCAGCACUUAGUUUAGAACUAGCGGAAAUUAAUACAACCGAAGGUCAAUAUGAAGAUGCAAUCAAAGAUUAUGAGGAUGCUCUAUUGGCUUACAAAGCAUUAGGAAAAGAAAUGGAUUACGGUCGUGUACAUAGAAUGAUAGGUGAAAUAUACUGUUCAUAUCUUGGUGAUAUAAAUAAAGCUUUAGAACAUCAGAAUAUUUAUUUAAGAAUUGCAAAAAAAGAAGAUUUGCUAGAAAGACAACGAGCUCACGCCACACUAGGUCGAACAUAUUUUUGUGGAGCUAUAUCCGAUGUUGAUAACAUUAAUAAAAAUUUAUUAGUUGAAGCUCAAAAAGCUUAUAUGAAUAGUUUUGUUAUUUGCGACAAGUUGAAGGAACCGCUUGUAACAAAAAUUGAGAAACUUGAUAUGCAAGCACGAUUAUUGUUAAAUUUAGCGAAUGUUUUUGAAUAUAAAGAUGAAUUUACAAAAGCAGUUGAUUAUUUGGAAAAAGCAAUAGCGCUGUGUGACAAAAACGAUUUAAUACAAUCAUUACAACAAAGUUACUAUACGUUAGCGUUAGUCUAUUCACAUAAAAAUGAUUUCCAAAAUACGUUACUAUAUUUAAAUAAAGCAUAUGAUGCGGCAUCAAGACUAUCAUCGGAUCGUAUUGCUAAGCAAUGUCAAAUUUUAUUAACAAAAGGUGAAAUACUUGCAACAACUGGUAAAUAUAAAUCAGCAAAACAAAUUUUAGUUGAAGCGUUUAAAUUGAAGCAUCCAAAUUUAAAUGAACGUAAAGUAAUCGAAAAAAAAUUAAAAAUCAUUGCUUCUUUAUAUUAUACCGAAAAAUCUCUCGGAAUCGGAAUUGCUGAUAAUGAAUAUGGACGUAAAAACAAAUUGUAUGAAACGAUGGGUGACGCCUGUUGUGAAUUAAAACUUUAUACAAAAGCCAUCGAAUACUACAAGGAAAUGUUGGAAAAUGCACAACUAAAUAAUGAAACUGGCAAAGGUUUAUCAGCAGCAUAUAUUAGCCUUGCACAAACUUAUAAAGACAAUAAAGAAUACGAUUUGGCAUUGGAAUAUUUUGAAAAAGAUUUCAAUCUAUCUUGUAACAAUCCACAAGAAGUAGUUGAAAGCUACUUAAACAUAACAGAAGUAUUAGAAUUAUCUAAAGUUGCGUAUGAAAAAAUUGAACCGUAUUUUAAUAAAGCAAUUGAAACUGCACACGAUGCUAAUUUAAUUAAAUUGGAAGAGAAAUGUUAUACGAAAUUGUUAAUUUUACAACGAAAAAGUGGAAAAAAUGAUCUAGUUGAGGUAACACUACAAAAACGACAAGCUUUGGGUGUUGAUGCAAGUAGUGAUAAUGAUAGUGAUGAGGUUGAAGGAAAUCCUGUUAUUGAAAAUUCAAUUCAGUUAGGUGAUAUCUCAGGUUUAUCGGAAGAUAGUGAAGCAGAAGAAAAUACUUCAAAAAUAGUUAAUCGCAGUCGACGAUCAAAUAAUUUUCGGAUUCGAAAAAACGAUAAAGGAGAAACUACAUUACAUAUUGCAUGCAGAAAAGGUAAUAUAAAAAAUGUGGAACUUCUUUUGAAUCAAGGCCAUCCUGUAAAUAUUCGUGAUCAUAGUGGAUGGACGCCUCUUCAUGAGGCUUGCAUUUAUGGCUUUUUGAAUAUUGUCAAGCUUUUAAUAGAUAGUGGUGCAGAUAUAAAUGAUCGUGGUGGAACUGAAUGCGAAGGAUUUACUCCAUUACAUGAUGCAUGUAGAUAUGGUUAUCUAGAAGUGGUCGAAUUACUUUUAAAUCGGGGUGCUUCACCUUUAGUUAAAAAUGAUCAUAAUGAAACACCUUUAGAUACUCUAUGUAAAAGUAGAAGAAAUUUAAAAUAUGAAGAGUCCAAAAAAAUAUUUUUGGAUACUCUCAUAGAUCGAAUGUCGAAAAUUCUUGAGAAAGCUGGUAAAUUAGAGAAAAAUACCAUGGCUUUAAUUCAUGAUCAAAACUUUGAAACACCUUCGACGUCUAGAAAUGAACAGUAUUUAUACCCACCCACAAAGUCCUCACUUUCAAAACGGAAUGAAACACCAUCAAAGUCUCCUUAUUCGAAACGUUAUGAAACGCGUUUAACACAAUCACCAAAUGUAUCAAAAUUAAAUUCCGAUGAUGAGGAUGAUAAUAAUGAACUUCAUCAGAAUUCGGCCACUCAAGAAAAUAGAGAGGCUAUUAAUAAUUUACAAACUGCGUAUAUAAAUCCAGGUGAUGUAGAUGAUGAUAAUUGGCUUGAAAACGAUAUGCCUAAUGAACCAUCUUCAAAAAGACGUCGUAUAAAUAAUAGUUUCGAACUUGAUGCACCUUCGUCUUCCAAAACACCUAAAAGAACGAGCAAAUCACCAGCUAAAUCCAAAAAGAGAAUCACAUCGAUUAAACGUAAUAUAAAUAUGGAAAUAGAAUUUCAGGAUCAGAUUGUAUCAUAUGAAAACGAUUUUCAUGAACAAAAUGAAAUUAUUGAAAAUAAUUCGAAUUCACACUUAAAUCGUAACAUAUUACGUCGAAAGUCACAAACAACUUUUCUAAGUGCUGGAUUUAGUAGAGAAAGAAGUAGUUCAGAAGUAGUUCGGUCUGCUUCCAUUGAAUCCGAUUUCGGUGAGGUCAAUGCAACAUCAUCAAGACUGACUCAAGCUGAUUCAACUACAGUUCCAUUAUCUUCUUGCACUCAAUUAGUUUCUAAUAUUAUUUCGAUUGAUAUUCAUAUUGAGAACAAAAUUUGGAAAAUUCCAAUUCCACGACGCAAUGUUCCACACUUAACUAUUUCUUGGUUAGCGGAAGAAGCUGCAAAACGCUACUAUAAUAAAGAAGCUGUAAAGCCUACAUUACAAUUAGAAACCAAAGAUAGAGCUAUAUUAGAUAAUAAUGAUCCAUUGGAAAUGAUCAUUACGUGCAAUGAAUUAUUUACAACAAUUACAUCAUGGAAUUUACCAUCGAUCGUGGAAAGAUACUUAGAUGGCUGUAAAAUUUAUAAAACAGUGGUGGAUUUUCAUUUAAAAAAAUGUUUGGAUUCAUGCCAAGCCACUUUAAUAUUAGAUUUAUCGAACGUAAAUCUAUCCGAUAAUCAAAUAGUACCUGUAUUAAAAGCAUUAAAACAUCAACGUACACUGGAACAAAUUAAUAUAUCUGGUAAUUUAUUUACCGAUGAUACAAUUAAAAUAUUUUGUGAAGUAUUACAAACAUUAACGAGCUUACAAACUCUUGAUAUUAGUAACAAUCUAAUAUCAUGGGAAAUAUUUUUAAAUAGUUUAAAUCCUUGUAUAUUGAAAGAAAUUCAUUUAUCAGGUGUUUCAGAUUUAUCCGCUACAUCAUAUAUAACAACCGAAUUAAUUGCAUUUUUACGAUUAGGUACACCAUCUCAUUUAGAAUACAUUGAUUUAUCACGAUGUCAUGUUAAUAAUUAUGAUUUAACUGGAUUUUCAUUACAAAUGAUACUUACGUCAAAAGUAAGUGUGGAAAAUGUGAUUUUAGAAAAUUGUAAGAAUAUUUGUGUUGGACUUUCAUUAGAUAUUAACAACAUUGAAUCCAUACAAAAAUCGAUCAAAUGUUUAAAAAUUAAUAUCGUAGAUGAGUCGAUAUUCGAUUUAAUUAAACAUAUUUGGAAAAGUGUUUGGAAUGAUAAUACAAUUAUAUGGAGACGGAAUGAUAAUUAUGUCGAAUUUGCAGUAAAAAAAUAUAGUAAUUUGAUUUAA